CUCGACGAGACCACUACCCGCAAGGACCAACCCCGGCUGUGCACAGGGCGAUGUCCCUCGCAAGGCCAGGCCGUGCCGCGGCCCUGCCUGCGGCCGCCACGAUUUCGCCGGGGAUCCCGUCCCGUCCCGUCCCGUCUCCUCCCGUCGGGGCUGCCCCAUCCUCGCCUCCCCCUCCCGGCGACCUCCCACCGCCAGGGGGCGGGCGUCACCUCCGCUAAGGCGCGCCGCUCCCUCUCAUCUCUCCGGCCAAUCAGCGCGCGGCGUUUCGGCGGGAAGGCGGAAGUGGCGCUGCCGGGCGCGGCCAUGGCGGAGGCGCGGCCGCUGCGGCUGCUGGCGCUGCACGGCUACCGGCAGAGCGCUCGCCGCCUCCGCCAGCGCACCGGCGCGCUCCGCAAGGCCCUGCGCGGCCGCGCCGAGCUGGUGGUCAUCGACGCGCCACACCGCUUGCCCGCCGGCGCUGAGGACGACCCCGACGGGGACGACCCCCCCCGCGGCUGGUGGUUCUCCGGGCCCGGCACGUUCGAGGCGGGCGAGGCGGCUGCGGCUCCGGCGGGGCUGGAGGAGUCUCUGUCGACCGUGGCGGCGGCGCUGGCGGAGCACGGGCCCUUCGACGGGCUGCUGGGCUUCAGUCAGGGCGCGGCGCUGGCCGCCAUGGUGUGCGCCCUGCGGGCCCGCGGCGACCCGCGUUUCCCGGUGGCCUUCGCCGUGCUGGUGGCCGCGUUCGCCAGCCGCGCCCCGGCACACGGACACUUCUACCGGGAGCCCAUCGCCCUGCCCACGCUGCACGUCGUAGGCGAUACCGACGCCGUCAUCGCAGCAGCCCUCAGCAGGGAGCUGGCCCAGUGCUUCGUGGAGCCCGUUGUCCUCACGCAUCCCGGCGGGCACUUCAUCCCCGCGGCCCCGGCGCAGAAGAAAGCCUACCUGGAAUUCUUGGAACGCUUCUGCCCCGGGCAGGGCCAUACUGAGCUCCCAGGGGCUGGGGAAGUUUGAGACCGGGCUCUGUAAUAAAAAAGGCUCUGGUGAGCCACGUGCAGCCACCCAGCCUGUGAAACAUCACUGGUGCCAUGCCUCCAGAGGGACCAGAGAACAACUCGCUGCACAUUCUGCUCUUCGGUGUUCACCCAGGCCAGGCUAAAUAAUUCUUUAUCUCCCUUUUUUCAGCUUUUUUGUAUACAUCAGGAUAAAAUAUACACGUAUAUAUGUA